AUGUACAAGGUCAAGUUUCUCCAGGAUGCGAUGGACGUUGAGGCUCUCAAGUUCGGCAAGUUCACUUUGAAAUCGGGCAGAGAGUCGCCGUACUUCUUCAACAUGGGCCAGUUCUCCACCGCCCAGGCUCUGAGCAACGUUGCAACUGCGUAUGCCAAGACCAUCAUUGAGUCCGGGAUUGAGUUUGAUAUUCUGUUUGGUCCGGCGUACAAGGGCAUUCCGCUUGCGGCCAUCACGGUGGUGAAGCUGUUUGAACUCGGUGGCGAGAAGUACUCCAAUAUCGGCUACUCUUUCAACAGAAAGGAGAAGAAAGACCACGGCGAAGGAGGCUCGAUCGUUGGGUGUGCGUUGAAGGACAAGAAGGUGCUCAUAAUAGACGACGUGAUGACUGCGGGAACCGCCAUCAACGAGGCCUUCGAUAUCAUCAAGACAGAACACGGAAAAGCCGUUGGAUGUAUAAUAGCUCUGGACAGACAGGAGACCGUCAAGGACCAGUCUGUGAGCGCAACCACGUCGGUUACCCAGAGAUACGGCGUUCCUGUGCUGUCGAUCGUGAGUCUGGACGAUAUCGUGGAGAGUCUCAAGACACAGCUCACGGCAGAACAGCUGGACAUGAUCUUGCAGUACCGUCAGAAAUACGUUCCUAAAUAA